CUCAGAAUCAAGCCUUAUAAGACAUCAUCUCAGCCCGAGUUUGCAGAUCAGUUGUGUGCCAAAACCACAUGUCCGCUUCCCUUUCCUCCUUUUCCUGCACACUUUUCCCACCAGACGUGGCUCGACUAUUCCCGCCCACGCAAUAAUUGCAUAGGCAGCAUCGAGGCCAUGGAAUUUACGCACGAACCGGCCGACCCCGUGGCCCAAGGGGUGUGGGCUACAGCAAAACAGUCAUGGCACGACCUCUUCAUCUUCAAGCAGCGUGUUGUUGUGACGAACGAACUCGGCGAGACGAGCACAGAGUGGGCGCGACCCGUCCCACUACGCAAUCCCAUUAGCCUGCUUGCCCAGCUGUCCGGACGCGGCUGGCUCUUCUUCAUCGUCGGCUUUGCCGCCUGGAGCGCCGAUGCCUUCGACUUCCACGCACUCUCCAUUCAGCAGGUCAAGCUUGCCGAGUACUACAACACCUCGAAAACUAAUAUCUCUACCGCCAUCACCCUCACGCUGCUGCUGCGGUCGGUUGGCGCCGCUAUGUUCGGUCUUGCCGGCGACAAGUGGGGCCGCAAAUGGCCCAUGGUGGUCAACAUGAUCGUGCUCGGUGUGCUGCAGAUCGCCACCAUCUACAGCUCCACGUUUUCUCAAUUCCUGGCUGUGCGAUCACUGUUCGGUUUGUUCAUGGGCGGAGUAUACGGCAACGCCAUCGCCAUGGCUCUCGAGAACAGCCCGCCAGAUGCCAGAGGUCUCAUGUCUGGCAUCCUCCAGCAGGGGUACUCAUUUGGCUACGUGUGCGCCGCGUGCGCAAAUCUCGGCGUGGGCGGCGCCGUCGACACUUGGAAGACCGUUUUCUGGAUUGCCGCCGGUAUCUCCAUUGCGGUCGGUCUCAUCCGCUGCUUCUUCCCCGAGUCCCAGCAGUUCAUCGAAGCGCGUAAGGCCGGUAAGGCCCAGGCCAACCCAUCGGCGUUCUGGAAAGAAACCAAGAUCAUGCUUGGAAAGGAGUGGAAGAUGUGCAUCUACUGCAUCAUUCUCAUGACCUGGUUCAACUACUACAGCCACACCUCCCAAGACAGCUACACGACAUUCAUGCGCACGCAGAAAGAACUCGACAACGGCGGCGCCAGCCGCGCCAGCAUCCUCAUGAAAGUGGGCGCUUGCGUGGGUGGCACCAUCCUCGGGUACAUCUCACAAUGGUUCGGCCGCCGGCGUACCAUUAUCGUGGCGGCCAUCUUCAGCGGCGUGCUGAUCCCGGCGUGGAUCCUACCGGAGGGCGAGCGCAGCCUGUCGGUGACGGGCUUCUUCAUACAGUUCUUCAUCCAGGGCGCGUGGGGCGUGAUCCCCAUCCACCUGAACGAGCUGUCGCCGCCGGCCUUCCGCUCCUCCUUCCCCGGCCUCACCUACCAGCUCGGCAACAUGAUCUCGUCCCCCUCCGCCCAGAUCGUCAACGCCAUCGCCGAGAGCCACUUCAUCACCAGCAAGAGCGGCCUGCGCGUCGAGGCCUACGGCCCCACCAUGGGCAUCGCCACCGCCAUCAUUGCCAUCGGCAUCGCCGUCACCACCGCGUUCGGGCCCGAGAAGAGGGGCAGGGAGUUUGAGAAGACCCUGCCGGCGGGCAUGAAUGUUAUGCAGGAGGGGAAGCCGGUCGACGAUUUGGAGAGGGCCGAUACGAGGGAGUCGAAGCCGGCGGCGGCGGGGACCGAGGACAUUACUAUGGGGACGUUGGGGGAGAAGAAGUGAUGCACCGGUGGAGGAUGGUCACGAAGGUGAAUGAAGUAACACGUUAUUAGAAGGUGUUAGAGAACAGGUA